AUGUCUGGACAUAAUGUCAUAAUUCUCUGCUGCUCUCUGUUCUUAUCUGAUGAGUCGGCGAUAUACAUUCUCAACAUAAACAGCGCUGAACUGCAAGAUGUGAUCUUUGCAAUUCAGAGCCAGAGAAACUCUUAUCACAUCAAAAGAGCUCAGCAAAGAAAAACAGAUCUUCUUCAUCAUGCUCAAGCCCUUUGCCAGAGUGCUCCAGAUGUUUUGCUUCUUCAUGAGCUGUCAGACUACGACAGAUACUGGGCCAUUCUUCCGGCAUUACCGCGCCUCGCAUCUCUGUACUGUCAAACAUCUUUAUGGAGUUUUUUGGAAGAGGAGACCAACAUGAACUUGCGUGAUCUUCUGCAGGUGCUGAGCUAGUUCCACGCGGGCCAGGAAUGGUUUCUGGGCAGAGCCGUCCGUGAUGAAGAACCCAAAUCAGAAGACCCCUCCAGCUUCAGCUACCCUUACUUCAUGUCUAGCUGGUCCCUCAGCUGCCCCUUGGCUAAGUGAACUGCAGAACGUGUGAGUUACGAGCCACCUACAUCGGAUUUCUUUAUUGACCUUCAGCAUGAGAUUGCCCUUUACAUUUGGGAGAGGGGACCUGUAUUGACUGCAGUGAAUAAGUUUUGCCCAGAGCUACAUGGCUCGGCCUCCACAAAAUACUUUGCUACAACCGUCAACACCUACAUCCCCACCUGCGUAUGGAUCAUAAACACUAACACGCUCGAUUUGCGAGAGAUUUUUACAAGCUCGCACCCAUACGCUACUUGGUUUGAGCUCUACAGUGAAAUGACAGAUCAAUAUAUACCCACAAUUCACCUGGGAGUCCUCAACACGAAGAGAGGACACUGUGCCAAAACAUUUGCCAUUUUGAAGAAGUUUUCUGGUGGAGUCGUAACAAAGGCGCUGUGGUUUCUUAUAGUGGAUGAUGACACGCUGAUCAGUCUCCCCCAACUGCAGAGGCUGCUGAGUUUUGACUCUAGUGAAGCUGUGAGUGUUGGAGAAACUUAUGGCUAUCGUCUGAGCAGGAUGGGUAAAUCACUGGAGGUGAAGGAACUGGCACGUCCAGAUGAUUACGUAAGAGCUCGACAGAAUCCAAUCUCUUUCCACAAACAAUGGAACAUCAACCCUGUGGGCUUCUACAAGUGCUGGCUGACUGACACAGAUAAGCUUGAACAGAGGAGACUGCACUUACUCAAAAAGACCAGAGAGGAACUUUAG